AUGGGCUUGCAGCACGCGGGUCGCUCUCUCAUGGCAUCCGCGACGUGCGGCGCCCAGAGCGGCGUCGUGAGUCGACAGGGGAUCCGCACACACGGUUGCGUGGGCGCCGCGAUUCCUGCGCCCCGCCCCCGCUGCCAGCACCUGCUUGGCAGGGAUUUGUUCCGCGACCGCACGCGGUGUGCGCGCCCGUUGCACGUCGUUGCGGCGGGCGAGAGCGGUGCUGUUAGUGAGGGGAAGGCAUCGGGGGGGAGAGGGAGGGGGCAGGGGCGGGGCGGAGGGCGCCGGAGGUCGAGCAGUGGCGGGCGCGGCCGAGCGGGUGGGAGGGGGCGCGGUAGGGGGCGUGGGCGCGAUGGCGGCAGGAAGAGCCGCGCACCGGACGAGGAUGGUGGCCAGGCGGGCACCGCGCGCAGCGAAAAGGCUCGCGGCGGCAGGGGGGCGAAGCAGGGCCCGCGGGAGCGGCGCGGCGGGCGGGGCGAGCAGCGGAGUGGCGCCGGUCAGCGCGAGGACGCCGUGGAGGCGCGCAGCGAGGUAGUGGAGGACGAAAACGCGGCGGUCGGCGUGGACGACGCGGGCGACAUCAGCCGCGAGCUGUCGGAGAACGAGGCGGCGGCGCAGGAGGGCGGGGCGCGUGUGUUGCCCGAGGAGCCGCGCAAGUCGCCCGAGGAGGUCGCGGUCGAGGAGGGGCUGGAGCUGCUGGAGUGGAACCUGGUGUCGCGGCAGGUCGCGUUCUUCGCGCGCACGCCGCUCGCGUUCCUCCGCCUCCUGCGCGGCGGGCUGCCGCUGGGCGGGUCGCUGGCGGAGAGCCGCGCGCUGCUGCGGGAGACGGCGGAGGCGCGCGCGCUGCUCGCGGAGCACAGCCUGUCGCUCCACAAGGUGUACGACAUCCUUCCGGCGAUCGCGGCGGCGCGGAAGGGCGCGGCGCCGCUGUCCCCGCUGCAGCUCCGCGGCGUGAUGUGGACGCUGGCCGCGGCGCAGGAGGUGCUGCGGUGCGUGGGGGCCGCGGAGGACGGCGAGGGGCGGUACCCGUCCGUGCGGAGGAUGCUGGCCGCGGUGGGCGUCGGGGAGCCGUCGGGGGCGGUGCGGCGGUUCCUGGAGGAGACGGAGCGCUGCGUCGGGGGGGGGAUGUUGAAGAGCGACGCGAGCGAGGGGCUGGCGAUCAUCCGGGCGGACCGGGCCGCGAACUCGCAGAAGCUGCGCGCCGCCAUGGACGCGUGGGCACAGGAGCUGCACCGCCGCGGCGUGUCGGAGCGCGCGCAGGUGGUGAUCCGCCGCGACCGGCUGUGCGUGCCCGUCCGCGCCGGGCGGCAGGGCGACGUGUGCCCUGGGUCGGUGGUGCUGGGGCAGUCGGGGUCGGGCGCGACGCUCUUCGUCGAGCCCGGCGACGUUGUCGACAUGAACAACGAAGAGACGGAGCUGGAGGCGCUCGAGCGCGAAGAGGAGCACAGGAUCCUCACGUACCUGUCCGAGCUGCUCGCGGAGUGCGGCGACGACGCUGCGAAGUACAUGGACCUGCUCACCAACUUCGACAUCGCAUGCGCGCGCGCCAGGCACGCCGCGUGGAUCGGGGGCCAGUGUCCAGAGCUGGUCGAGGACGACAGCGGGGAGGGACGGCCAGCGGUGCACGUUCCCGCUGUGUACCACCCCCUGCUGCUCGAGCCGGCACUCGACGCACUCCCACAGGCCCCGCCGCAGCUCAUCAUGGACUUCAACACGGACUUCCUAGGGCAGGGCGGCCUCGACCAGGACGUGGACGUGGCCAGGCCCGACCCCGCUGCGGGAGCCGCUGGCGGAGGCCACGUCCGCGACCCGAGCAAGAUGCCGCGGCCCGUCGCGCUGACCGUGCCUGCCGGAACCAAGGUCGUCGCGGUCACGGGCCCGAACACCGGCGGCAAGACGGCCGCGCUGAAGACCCUCGGCGUGUGCGCCCUCAUGGCCAAGGCGGGCCUGUUCCUGCCCACGGAUGCGAGCAGCGGGGACGGCGAGCCGCCGCGCAUCGCGUGGUUCGACCGCGUGCUGGUCGACAUCGGCGACAGCCAGUCGCUGCAGCAGUCCCUGUCGACGUUCUCGGGGCACGUGAAACGGCUCGCCCGCGUGCUCGCCCACGUCACGGACAGCUCGCUGGCCCUCCUGGACGAGGUGGGCAGCGGCACCGACCCCGUGGAGGGCUCCGCGCUGGCCGCGUCCGUCCUGGAGGCCCUGAGGGACCGCGCCGCGCUGACGGUCGCGACGACGCACCACGCGGAGAUCAAGGACCUCGCGACGACCGAGCCGGAGUUCGUCAACGCGUCGGUGGAGUUCGACGUGGAGACGCUGCGCCCCACCUACCGCAUGAUGUGGGGCGAGACAGGUGCGUCGAACGCGCUCAACAUUGCCAAGACGCUGGGCUUCGACUCCACGGUGAUCGCCGAGGCGCGCGAGCUCGUGGACAACCCCGCGUCGCUGCUGCACGACGACAGGCGCAACCAGGCUGGCAUGGAGCAGUCGCUGAAGGAGCAGCUCGAGUCGGGAGAGGCCGAGCGGCAGGCGCUGCAGGCGGCGGUGGCCACCCUGGACGGCGACAUCGCGCGCCUGCGGUCGGAGGAGGCGGCCGCGCAGCAGCGGCUGGAGACGAGCCAGAACCAGGCGUCGCAGCUGCAGUCGAGCAUGGACGAGGACCGCGGCGAGCUGCAGUGGAUCGUCGAUGCGGUGCGGGAGGGCGAGCUGUCCCUGGAGGACGCGGAGGUCGCCAUCUCGGAGCUGCAGGCGCGGUGGGCCGCCGAGGCUGGCGGGGGGGAGUCGGAGCUGGAGGAUGUGGCGGACGACGAGGACGCGUGGGCGCCGACCGUGGGCAUGAAGGUGUCGCUGGUCAACAUGGGCGGGUCGAUCGGCGAGGUGCUGUCGCGCGACGGCGGCGGGACGUACACGGUGCGCGCGGGCAUGAUGGUCGUGGAGGCGCGCGUGGCGGACAUGGCGCCGCUGGACGGCCUGGGGGACCUGCAGCCGCGCAAGGUCAAGGCCUCGAAGAUGAAGCGGUACGGGGGCUCGGGGUCCUCGUCGGCGGGCGGGGGAAAGAGCACCGGGGGGGGUGGGCUCAUGAUGCAGACGUCACAGAACACGCUGGACCUGCGCGGGAAGCGUGUCGCGGAGGCGCUGGACGAGCUCGACCUGGCGCUCGGGCGCGGACGGCAGAGCGGCGCGGCGCUGUACGUCAUCCACGGGCACGGCUCGGGCGCGGUGAAGAAGGCGGUGCAGGAGGCCCUGAAGAAGCACCGCGCUGUGGAGCGCACAGAGGCCGACCCGCAGUCGGCGGGCGGGUGCACCGUCGCGAUAUUCCGGUGA